ACCUAAUUUGCAAAAUUUUCUAUAGAUGGCAAACAACAACAACCCUUUCAACCUGCGAUAUGUUCUAGAAAAAGAAAAAGUAUCUGGAACUAACUUUCUUAAUUGGAAGAUGAAUCUUAAGAUUGUUCUCGAAUGCGAGAAAAAUCUCUUCGUCCUUACCUCUGAGCCUCCCAAAGCUCCUGAAGCGAAUGCCCGUGCUGCGGAAAUUACUUCGUACAAGAAGUAUGAGGAUGACGCACGCGAUGCGAGAUGUCUCAUGCUAGCCACCAUGACCCAGGAGCUCCAAAGGCUCCACAAGGACAUGGAAGCUCAUCCUAUGAUGACUCGCUUGAAAGUUGGUCCCCACGUUCUCAAGAUGAUCGGUCAGAUCGAAACUCUUGAAAAACUGGAUGCCCCGUUGCACCCUAUGCUGGCAACGGAUCUCAUCAUGGGAUCACUACCAGCUGAGUAUAGUCAAACUGUAGUGAACUUCUACAUGAACAAACUAGAGAUGACUAUGCAAGAGCUACUGAAAUUCAUCACAACUGCUGAGGAGAGUCUAGGGAAGGGCAAGGGUAAGUCUGUCCUGAUGGUAGAGGAUAGUACUAUUGUGAAGAAGAGUGGGUCACGUUCGCCGGCCGGAACCAAGCGCAAGGGUUCUAAGAAACCCAAUCCAGCGUCCAAGUCCUCUUCGUUGAAACCCAAAGUAGGUGUAACACCCUAAUCCGUACAGGUCUGCAGCCCCUUUCGGACUAAAGUACUUAACUUGGU